GAACUAUGUUUAUUCGCGGAGUAAUCACAUCUACUUAUGUAGUGUGCACUUUGCCGAGUAUGAACAAUCAGCGACUAAAGAGAUUACACCGAAUUUACCGUAAUAGGUCAAUUGACUGUUGAUUGAAACUUGAAUCACAGGAUGUAAAUUAUCAAGAUGAAGCGAAAAUUGGAGGGGGUGGAUUCCUCUCCGACGACGUCAGAUGCAGAGAAUAGCUGUAGUUCCGUUAUCACAAACAGCAGCUCCGAUGUUCCACUGGACAGCUUACAGGGUCUUUCCUCCAAGAGGAAGAAAACGAAAAAGUCUGUCAAGUUCACAGGGGUUACUGUGUUUUACUUCCCCCGGAUCCAGGGUUUUACCUGCAUCCCUAGUGAAGGGGGAUCGACUCUGGGAAUGUCAGACAAGCACCUGUACAAAAAAGACUUCUCUCUGUCGGAACACUUCUUGGAACAAAAGAGAAUUCACAAAUUAUACUUGGAGGAGCAGAGACGGCAGGGGAAGAUAAUUCCAGACUUUCUUAUGGAAGACCAAAGCAGUGAUGAAGAUGACUCGGAUUUCGAAGACGCUGAUGAGUAUUAUUUCCUGCAGCCAUUGACUGUAAAGCAGCGACGAAUAACUCUAAGGCAGUCAGGUGUGAAAAAAAUUGAUGGCACAGAGAAAGAUUACUGCAAGAAAGUGAGAAUUUCUCGUGAAUUUUGUGGUUGUGAUUGCAAUAUUUUUUGUGAUCCUGAGAGUUGUGCAUGCAGCCUGGCUGGCAUUAACUGUCAGGUGGACAGACAGUCAUUUCCUUGUGGUUGUUCGAAAGAGGGGUGUGGCAAUCCUGUGGGUCGUAUAGAAUUUAAUCCUCUUAGGGUAAAGACUCAUUUCAUUCAUACUAAAAUGAGACUCGAACUCGAAAGGCAGGAUACAGAUAUUCCUAUCACAGGGAAGAUGGAACAUUGUUGUGCGAAGGAAAGCCAGAAAAGUCUUGCGGAGACUGACAUAUCGGUUGAAAAUGACACCAAGAGAGUCAUUGAUUUGAGUGAAUUUAAUAGUAACGAGCUUGGAAGUUGUCGCGAUUGUCAGAAUUGGGAAGUAUGCAAUGUCAUGAUGCAGGAAGUGGAGAAUGCGGAGGCGGAACAGCAGAGAGCUGUCAUGAACAUCUACAGCAAUGCCACACAGCCGAUGACCGAAAUCUCCAGCACUCUGCCAAACGGUGUUGUACUUUUCAAUGACAAUAGAGAAGAACUCUAUCAUUCUGAGAAUGGCCCAUCUUACUACCCAUAUAAACAAGGGGGAGGCUACCCAGCAAACCAAGCCUGUCCUAAUGAUAAUACGCAAAAUUAUGUUGAGAGAACAGACUUCCCUAAAACCUAUCAAAAUCUAUCAUCAUUUGAGAAUCCUGCUGGCUGCAGUGGAGCAGAAUACUGUGACAGUGAAGGCAAAACCAAAUCAUCGUAUCAACAAACUAGCCAUUAUUACCCGAAGUUCCAUAAUGCUGUGAACCCCACCAACCUUGAUUACAAACUUGAUUCAUCUUACCCCGACAUACAACAUUUCGAAUGGGAGCAACAUAAACUGAUGCAAAAUCAGGAGCAGCCGAAUUCUUCAAACCAGAGCACCUUCAGUUACACGACCAUGACCAACACCACCAGUGACAAAAUUGCUGCGGCUUGUCCGGGCAUUUCUUCGCACAUCAGUAGCAACAACAACUUAGAUCGCUGUUCCACACCCAUCGGUGGAUAUUCUGAGGGCUACAAUUGUGAGACCAAUGCUGUUACUGGUAAGACAUAUUUGAACCUUGACGGUUCCAUGGCCUCCCAGGAUAUGAAAGUAGACCCCAUCACGUCGAUUACGCAGUCCCACUCCGGACUUAUGGAAAUAAAUUGUCAGGCAGGAGGGAGUUCCAAUUUUGGUGAAAUUAUCAAAGAGUCCCUUGUAGAAACAGUGUCAGCUUGAAGAUUUUUUUUUUUUUUUUCGUGGAGAAAAUAUGCCCCUAAGUUUUUCAGUGGUACUGAAUUUUGUCUGUUUAGAAAUUAACACUGUGCCAGUAUAGUGCUUCAUGUAUUUAGUAGAAAAAUACAUGUUCAUGUAAUAGAGUUUUUGCAGUUCGCAAAGUUUUAUUGAUCUCCUCUCAAAACGUACUUUAUCAUUUUUCUAUUGUCUACUUAAAUUUUAUCUCCUGAAUGAACAUGGUGGAACCAUUUCAUGCUGCUCUCAUAGAAUGUUUUGGUCAUAUUUCAUAUUUUGUAUUUCUUGUUCAUGUAUAUGUGUAUAUAUUGGUGUUUGUACAAUGUUUGUUGAAAGUAGUUUAAGAAAGUGUGGAAAAUUUCUAAGUCAUGGUAUGAUAUGCAUUUAUUUUUAUUUUUAAAUAGAUAUACAUAUAUUUUGUAGAUUGAAAGUACAAUCUGCAAUAAAAUGGUUGUAUUUUUAGUAUAUAUGUGUUGAAUCGAGUUGAAGAUGUAUACAUUGAAAUUUUUUUGAGUAUUUCUUUAAUCUUUUACUUAUGCAUAUUAAGUACAGUAGUAUUUGUACAGUGCAUUUAGUUUGACUUGUAAUAUAGAUGCUAUGAGUUGUUUUAAUAUACAGAAGCGUUUAAUUUUUUGAUGAACAAAUCUUCCUUAGCUUUAAUUAUGCAUGACAGAUUUGUUAUUACAAAGUAGAUAUACAUAUAUUCCUAUAGGGCGUGCUACCAAUUCCUUUGCCUCAUCUUGUGUAUUUACCUAUACUGCUUCAAAUUUUCCUCCAAAUGAAAGUAUUCGGUGUACUUAUGAAUUUCUAUGUCCAUUUAAAGCACUGUCUUGUCACAAUGUUUAGUACCGGUAAUAUGAAAUUCAUGACAAUACUGUCCAAAUUCAUCAAAAUAUAUUGCUUUCUCUUCUUUUUUGUGCAUUGGCUUUUGAAAGGUAAAUCUCUUGAUUUUCAAUUCCAACAUUGUAAUGAUCAAAGGGUGUUGACUGCUGCUAAGCACUUGCUUACAUAUUAGAAUCUCGAAACCUCCCCUCCACAACUGUAUGUUGCAAUAAGCAAUAGACUUAUCAAGUAUAAACCAUGUACAAUUUUUAUUUUUGUAUGCAUUUCCUUAGUACUAAAAUUAUGAAGUUUUCUUGUAGGAAAGAAGUUGAAGUCUUUCUGUAACAAUUUGAACGCAGGCAGAUGAUAGGUUAGGUAAUCGUGGUUCACAGGCUUUAAUUCAAAUAAUGAACACUUUCUCAGCUCAUUUUAUCAGAGAUAUUUAAAGGAGUGCCAUAUCACACUGUUAUUUUUCUCACUGUUUGAAAUGGCUUUAAUACAUGUUAUGAAAGUAUUAUUCACUGGGGUUAGUUUUGAAUAAGAAACAAACUGAACUGUCUUCAGUAGCUUUAUGUAAUGGUACAUCAAAUUUUGUGUCAAAGAUACAAAAAUAAUCUGCAUAAGUGGUUCUCAAGGAAAAAUUUUAUCUUUUUUUUUUUUGCGGGAGGGGUGUUUACAUGAACAGUGAACAUGUAUCAUAUUAAUGGUUUGAGAAUCGAUGAGUAUAUCCCUGGAGAGUGGAAUAAAUGACCUGCUGGGAGUUUCUGCUGGAAAACUUGCAAAGUUUAAUGAUUAUAGAAAUGUUUUACUUUUGAGCGAAAUACAAAUUCAUUUCUGAGUACAAGUUCCAAUACAUGCAAGGACUAUAUGCAUUUAGAAUAUGACCAAACAACUCAAUUAUCAACAAGCAUCUUUUGUAGCCUCUUGAAAUUAUUUUGAUUGUUUCAUGUGUGUAUUCAUUUACAAAGAACAAUGGGCAAUGCAAUAUUAUAUUUGUAUCUCUAGUACCGCAUUUUUAUCUGUUAUUUUCAAACCAAAGCUAGAGAUAAAUGUUGACUUUUUGGUGCUCGCUUGAAUUCAUCGUCUCUCCAAACAAAUAUCAUGAACGUUAUCUUGGAAAUGCUUUCUCUAUUUCUGUUUCUUGGUACAUUAUUGAAGUAUGUUUCAUGGAUAAAUAUUUUAUAUAUAUAUAUUGUAAUGUGAUGCCUCUUUAUACAAAUUAUUUGCAUUGUAAUGUGUAAGUGUUAUAUGUACAAAAAGUGCAUGUGCAAUAAACAACAAAAUGCUGUU